AUGGAGGACCUGAACCAAAAUGUUACCGCCGUGGCUCAUUCCCAAAAGUCCACUCAGAACGGGCCAAAACCUAAUGAGGAGAAAAUGGCGGUUCUACCGUGGCUCACCACCACCGGCGACAACAAUGCUGCACCCGAAGGUGCCGGAGUGGAGGCUUCACCGGAACCCAUUGCCGAAGAAGCAUCUGUGGCUGCAGGAUCGAGACAGGUGGUGAAAAGGGGGAGGCCUCGAAAGCCCGACGUUGACAAGAGGCAGCUGUAUCGGGCGAUUACGCCGCCGCCGGGGUUCGUUGUUCAACCUUUUGAAGGAGGAAAUGGUAUUAAGAGAGGCAGGGGACGCCCUCGUGGCUCUGGGAGGCUGCAAAUUCUGGCCUCCAUUGGGGGGCUUGUGGCAGAAACAACUGGGACAGGUUUCACACCUCGUGUGGUGACUGUGAAUGCUGGGGAGGACAUGGUCAGCAAGAUAACAUCAUGUUAUCAGAGAGGCCCUAUGUCAGUUUGUAUCGUUUCUGCUACUGGUCUUGUAUCAAGUGUCACCAUUCGUGAACCUGGUUCUACUAACACAUCGAGUUAUGAGGGCCGUUUCGAAAUUGUGUCCUUAACUGGAUCAUACGCCUUUUCUACUGGAGCUGAGGGUGCACAUACAAAAAGUUUGUUGCUGAGUGUUUCAUUGGCUAAACGUAAUGGUCAGCUUUUUGGUGGGAACAUUGAGAGUUCCUUGAUAGCUGCUGGCCCCAUCCAGCUUAUACUGGCCACAUUCAAGCAAAAGAUCACAAAUCAAACUAAGAAAAGACGCUCAUCUGAUUCAUCCAAUGCUCUCAGCAUAUCAGCUUUUGAAUUGGGCUUGAAGCCGGGUGGUUUGAACAGUAAUUUGAGUAGAAAACCUGUGGAGACAAUGGCGCAUUUACGCGAAAGGGUACAAGGAUACAUCAGGGAGGAGCAGAGUGAUCAGAUCAAGAACAACCGCCCGAAUGCCGCGGUUCCAGGGCAGAAGCAGCAGUUUGAGGCGAAGAAGGGAGCGAAAGAGAUAGAUAAAUUGGUGAAGGCUGGAUGUGUGAAACAGCUUGAAGGACGAAGCAAUUCUGAUGAGGCAGGCACUUCAGUAAGGCGAACUGAAGAUGGAAAAGAAAUUGAGAGCGAUGGUCAAGAUAGGCAAUCGGAUGGCAAAGCAAAGGGGCGGAUUCAUUCUAUUUUCGGUGGAUUUCGCGGUGGAGGAAUGACUAACUCAGCUCAUAAGAGUUAG